GGAUGCUCUAAUCCGUUUCGUUUUUUCCUUUUUCUAUCCCGAGAGAGAGAGAGAGAGAGAGAGAGAGAGAGAGAGAAGGGAAAGGGAGGUGGUGGAAGCGGAGCGGAGGAGAGUGGAGGAUGACGGUUCCGGGGCGCCAUAGGCCAUCGACGACGGCGAUGGCGGCGGCGGCGGCAGAGGCGGGGGGAAGGGAGGCGGUGGCGCUGCCGCACAAGGUCUCGCGGCGGCAGCUGCUGCGGGUGGCGUCGGUGGCGUGCGGGGUGCAGUUCGGGUGGGCGCUCCAGCUGUCGCUGCUCACGCCGUACGUGCAGGAGCUGGGGAUCCCCCACCAGUGGGCCAGUCUAGUGUGGCUCUGCGGGCCGCUCUCCGGCCUCAUCGUCCAGCCCUUCGUCGGCCACAUGAGCGACCGCUGCGCCAGCCCAUUCGGCCGCCGAAGACCAUACAUCGUCGGCGGGGCCGCCGCUAUAUCCACCGCCGUCCUUCUCGUCGGGUUCUCUGCGGACAUCGGCAGCGCCCUCGGCGAUCCCGGCGGCGGGGAGACCCGGUACCGCGCGAUCGCCGUCUACCUGCUAGGGUUUUGGCUGCUGGACGUUGGGAACAACACCACCCAGGGACCCUGCAGGGCGCUCCUUGCCGAUCUCACAGGCAAGGAUCACAGACGGACUCGGGUAGCUAAUGCUUAUUUUUCACUCUUCAUGGCACUGGGGAAUAUACUCGGCUAUGCUACUGGAUCUUUUAGUCGUUGGUUUAGCAUAUUUCCCUUCAGUGUCACUUCAGCAUGCGGCAUAAAUUGUGCCAAUCUCAAAUCUGCUUUUCUUCUUGAUGUUGUUAUUCUUGCAAUCACUACUUGCAUCACUGUAUUAUCAGCCAAGGAAACUCCUCUUUCUUCUGCUGGUGGACUUAUGGAUUCUGCCGGAGAGACACAAGUGCAGUUAAAUACUGAGCACGAGGCUUUUCUAUGGGAAUUAAUUGGUUCGUGUAGGUAUCUAACUCUGCCUAUUUGGAUGGUUCUAAUUGUCACUGCACUUACUUGGAUAGGAUGGUUUCCAUUCAUUCUUUUUGACACUGAUUGGAUGGGCCGGGAGAUCUACAAGGGAGACCCAAAUGAAGGGACGAAUUAUCAAACUGGAGUCAGAAUGGGUGCUUCUGGUCUAUUGUUGAACUCUGUUGUUCUUGGAUGUACCUCGGUGGUCUUGGAAAAAAUCUGCAGAAAGUGGGGUGCUGGCUUGACCUGGGGAAUUGCCAACAUUCUCAUGUUUUUGUGUUUUUUAGCAAUGCUUAUAAUAUCUUCUUGGGCAAAAAAUAAGGAAUACCCACAAAAUGGACUUCCUCCGGAUGGUGUUGUUGUUGCUUCACUUGUUAUUUUUACGAUCCUUGGGGCACCUUUGGCAGUCACAUAUACUAUUCCUUAUGCAAUGAUUUCUGCACGUACAGAACCUUUAGGAUUUGGCCAGGGGUUGGCGAUGGGCAUCUUAAAUUUGGCGAUUGUGAUACCUCAGGAAGUCCACUUUCUUGGAUCACUUAGAAUGAAUCAAUCUUCUUCACCCCUAAGAUCUUAUGUAGAGGAUGUCAUCACAUGCUGUUUUGAGACAAACAUAGAUGAAUCUGAAGUCAGUGUAGACCUGAGGAUGGAUAGGAAGUAGAGAUAGUGAAGGUGAGAGGAAGCUACUUGUUCUUUUCCAGUUCCAUUUUCAAUUAAGGUAUCCUUUGGUUGCCUAUCUGCUUUGAUGUUCAUGUACAUGAAAGCUAGUCAUCUAUUUGAAACAGAGAAUGAAUACCUGGAAUGUCAUCCGAUGCUCGUCAGAAAUAUAUCAUGGCUCAUAUAUUCUUGAAGUAUCCAGAAGGCAGACAUAUUUAUAUUUUAAGGUGUUCCCUCUCUAUGAUUCCAACAGCCUAUGUUGCAUUUGGUCUUUCAUGCAAUCCAUUUGGUUGUUUGUACUGAUUCAUGUACUGACAAACAAAAUCUGGUUCUAGUAAAAUGUUUUAUAACUUUAUAUUGCAUGAGCUGCAUAGGGCUUCCUAGGUCUAAAUUGCUUGUCAUGUAGCAGUGGCAAGGCAUGCUAAAAUGAAAGGUGACACCUUAUUGCAUGAGCUGCAUAGGGCUUCCUAGGUCUAAAUUGCUUGUCAUGCAGCAAUCUCAAGCCAUAUUAAAAUGAAAAGGUGACACCUUAUCACAUGAAACACCAAAGUUUGUGCUUACUACACUCUAUGAAAAAAAAAAUCCACAAUUAGACUGAUUAAUUUAAUUGUUGCAAAUUCAGUUGAAUUCAGAAACUGCAAUAAAUAUAACUAGUAGUCUUUGAUGUCAUUUACUAGAGAUAUUUUAGUGAAGUAAUUGGUUUCA